CUCUCUUUUCAUUUGGGCACACCAUCUUCCUCUAUUAAUCCAAAUAGCUUCGUUUUCCCACUCAAAUUCCGACAUCACAAUCGCCGCCGCAUCCGGUGAAUCUCCGACUCCUUCGCCGCCGCUUCACUACUCUGAAUCUCACUCACCAGCAGCACUUCUCCGUCGGAGUUCCGACUAUUCGCGUCUCGCUUUUCUCGAUACUCUCCUCCGGCGAUUCCUCGCUGGCAAAGGUGCGCAUGCUUGCUAACCUGCGCACCGCGCUUCCUCUGUUUGGCGUAAUUGGUUGAACUCUGUUGCUCUUUCUUCAGGUGGAGAAAGGUGAGCCUCAUGCUGUUGCUGUUUGUGGAUUUGUUCCGAUUAGUUUUUUUGUUUCCGUUUGCAGAACUAGGUUUCUGAUUGUGGAUUUAGGUCGCGGUUUGAGUUUUGUAGGGGUUGUACUGGCGCGAGCUUCGCUUGCUUCUUGUGGAAUUUGCUCGUUGAUCCGUUGGUUUUGCCGUUUUGAUUUGGCUUUGUUAUCGUUUUUGUUGUUGGAGUUGUUUUUAGUUGCGUAGUGAUGACUUGAUUGAAUUCGCGCGUUUUGGACCGCGCAGAGUUAGUGGAAUUCGGUUUUGACCGUUGGGGCACUCGUUUGAAGUAGUGCCUUUUCCCUCCUUGAUCAAUGGGAUUCAAUUUUAAUGCGGAUAUGACUGUUUUUCCUUUUUUAACCCUAGUAUUUGAAGUUUGGAGUUAAGUUUAGUAGUUUAGAGUGACAGUUUCUAGUUCUGCUUUUGAAUUUAACCUGAAACAAACUGGGCUUUUGAAUUUCAUGUGCAUUUGCCAGCAACAUGGUUUGCUAGAAAAUGUUACUUGGUUUGGUAGAAAAUGUAUGGACGAAUAAUUUUGGUUUUGAGUCACUCGUUAACCAGUGGUUUGUGCAAGGAUUUCAACUCACUGAUGCCACUGAUCGGUACUUUGGCACUGUAGUUAUGCUAGUAACAGCUGAGUGUGCUCGGUUGGUUAUGAAGAUAAAUUCUUCUACAAUAAUGUAUAAGAUGGAAAUUUCUUUUGUCAUCUUGCCUUUCCUCCUAUCGGUUCUUUUUGAACUUGUUGGUGAUAUGGCUUUUGUCUAUUUAGUUAUGUAAUUAAUUUAUAUUGUUUGGUAUUGUAUUUUCAUUGUGUGGCUAGUUGCUUGAGCAUGGUUCAAGGUCCUACUGAUUGUUUUUCACUCUCUUGUUCAGACUUGAGACGAUACUUGAAUGAAAAGGUGACAUGUAACCAGGCUUUUAGUUAUCUUGCUCUUAACAGUGAAGAGAUUGCAUGAAGUGAAGAAAAUUGUUAGCUAGUCCUGCAUGACAGGAUGGCUUUCUUUAACCACUUUUCACAUGAUGCAGUUUCACAUGGUGUCAUGGAAGAGAAGGGCCAAGGACAGAAUGCUGAUAGAUCUAGUAGGUCAGUAGAUAAUGGAUGUGCUUAUGCAAUUUCUAAUGAAAAAGAAUUUGAUAUGAACAUGGAGGUACAGUAUGAGAGUGACAGCAAACCAGAUGGUAGUAGGCUGCAAAAGGAGGCAACUGUUUAUGAUCGAGUUGGCACAAGAGAAUCAAAACAUAGAGAAUAGGGCAGCAUAACAGCUACUGGAGGAAGGUGGGGUACUACAUUUUGGAAGGACUGCCAGUCCAGGUGCCCUCAGAAUGGUUCUGAAUCAGCACAUGAAUCAAAAAAUGGAUCAGACUAUAGAAAUGCAGAUGGGUCUGAUGAUAAUUCAUCAGAAGACAGAGAGGAAAGUUUAGACUCAGAAGAUGAUAAUGGACCAAAGGAUUCAGGAAAAGAUCCAAGAGGCUAUUCUGAUAUCCCUGCUGAAGAGAUGUUGUCUGAUGAAUAUUAUGAGCAAAAUGACUCCAUGCAUUACAGUGGUUUUCGUCAACCCACUGGAUCAAAUUCACGGCCUCAACAGAUGUCUACUAUUGUCAAAAGGCAUAUGCACAAGUCUAGGAUUUCAGACGAUGCUGAAGAUAAUGAUGGUGAUGCUGAUUAUGAAGAAGAGGAUGAAGCAGAUGAAGACGAUCCUGAUGAUGCAGACUUUGAGCCCUCAACAAGCAAUCGUGCUACAAAUAAGAGAAGUGAGAUGCAUUCAGAAGGAGAAAGUGCGUCAAGCUUUUCACAGGAAAAUGGUGUUGGUUAGAUAAUAUUACUAGAUGAUAGAGAAUAUAAGUUGGUCAGGUAAGUUUCCACCAUAUUAUUACAAUUAUCCCUGGAUUGUUGGAAACGAUCCCUAAAAUCUCGUAGAUGCAAUAAAUGAUAUGAAAACUAUAUAAGCCCAGAGUUGAGAUGACUUAGGGCAGGUCACAAUUUUGAAUGUUCUGGACCUUGAUAGUCGCUGGAAAUUUCUAGGGGCCGUCUUCCAUACCAGAACAUGAAACAGGGAAGUUCAUUAAUGUGGCAUUUGCUUGAUUUUGUUUGUUUAAAAGGAGAAAAAUAUUGAUGUAUUGUUUUUUUUUCCUUUAUGUUGUUAUUUUGGAGUUUGAGGCCAUGAUGAUGAAAAACUUGGGUUCAGGUUUUUAUUUAUUUUUUCGAUAAAUGUUUAAUUUGUGAUUGCUAGUAUUGAAGAACUGAGAGAAAGUGAAUGAAAGGAAGUGAGGGAAGGAGAAGAGAGAUACUAAAACACUUUCUGGUGUCUAAAAAGUUGUAUCAUCCUUUAAGGCGUGUUUGGUUUAGGAAAGAAAGGGAAAGGAAAGAAGACGGAAGGAAAAGGAGUAAAAACUAGAAAGUGAGAUGAUUUUUUAAGUUGUUUAGUAGGAAAAAAGAAAUGAAAGGAAAGGAAGUUAAAAUGUAUAUAGAAUAACAUAAAUAUCCAUAGAAAUGUAAAGAAGUAUGAAAAAAUAAGGACAAUUUGGUCGCUUUACAAAAAAUACACAUUCGUCCUCAAGUAAUUAUUUUAAAUUUCUAUUAAUUUCUCUUGGCAGGAAAAGGGGGCUGUGUAUGUUAUUUACGGAUCGUAUGUUGAUUUACUGUUAAUGUUGGAGUAAAUAUUCAGUGAUUAAUUUUUAUUUUUGGUUUUCCUUGAUGCUUUUGACUAUAAUUAAGUGAUUGAACUAUAA